GCUGAUGAUGGUGGUAAUGAGACAGAUGAGGAAAUAAAGCGACCAAAAAAGGUCUCGCGUCGGGAAAAGACUGUAGCAGACAUAAUGGGUAAUAGGAUAAGGCCAGUAUUGAAGCCAGGAGAUAUUGUAUGGGCGCGGGUUCCUGGAUACCCAUCUCAUCCGGCAAAGAUUGUGGAUAAAACACAAAAUAAUAUCCCGCCACAUGUCCUGAGAGUCAAACACCGCCGAAACCACAACAAUCUUGUUCAUUUUAUUGAUGUUAUUAGAACAGAAGUUUGGGGUUGGGUACCAGAUGCAAACAUUGAGAUGUUCGGUGAUAAAGACAUCGAUGAAUUGAUGCUGCGGAAAGUGAAGAAGGAGAAGCAAAUUCACAAGAGAAAGGAAGUCCAGGCCGGCUUCCGGUCUGCGUACAAGCUUAAACACAUCGAUCCUGAACCACUACUUUCUCUUGUGUUUUCACCCAGCGAAUAAGCGUUUCCAUGUCUAACAUCUUUCUAUGUCAUUUAUUCCUAUAUAUAUAUAUUUACCUCUGUUUUUCUUUUGUUUUUUUUUUAAUUCUAUUUCCACACCAUCGCUACUCACCCUUUACCUCACCACCAGCCCUUUCCCUAUCUCCUUUCUACUGUCAGAGAUGACAGUCACCUCUCCCUCUCAUAACUUCCAAGACCCUAUCGCAAAAAGUAUGCGCGCAUUAAGAAAACAAUAACAAUACAAUCAAGAUCCCUUUUUGCAUA